AUGGACAUUUUCCUUGAUGUUCUCGACACAUUCGUGUUUGAUCGACUCUAUGCAUUGAUCUUACCUGAUUCUACCGCAAGCCCUGGAAAUAUCAAUUCAAGCAUUUUAAACUACCAUGUGAAGGUUUACUUCCCCUUGGAACCGUCCAGGUGGGCGGAGGCCAGCCUUUGGAAGCGAGACAAUAUGGCAAGGCAAACAUUAUCAUUGUUUCUGAUGAUUUGGUUCUUCGGUUUAGCCAUGUAUCUUAUUGGCAGCUUCAUUUUGUACCACACGUUAUACGACAAGCGCCUCCUCCAACACCCCCGAUACCUACCCAACCAGAUUCAGCAAGAGAUCAAACAAGGUCUGUAUGCGAUGCCUGUCAUGGCUAUCCUCACAGCGCCUCUUUUCCUCGCAGAAGUGCGUGGGUGGUCCAAGUUAUACAAUUUUGCCAGCGAGGCCCCGUUUCCCGGUUACAGCUGGCUACAAUACCCGCUUUUCGUCUGCUUCACGGACAGCGGAAUCUAUUGGAUUCACCGUGGCUUGCACCAUCCCCUGAUUUACUGCUGGUUGCACAAGCCGCAUCAUAAAUGGGUAGUUCCGACGCCUUUCGCGAGCUAUGCAUUCCACCCUCUGGAUGGGUGGUCGCAAAGUCUGCCAUACCAUAUCUUCCCCUUUAUCUUCCCGCUGCAGAAGGUUGCUUACUUGGGACUGUUUAUUUUCGUGACGCUUUGGACAGUGUUGAUUCAUGAUGCAGAGUAUCUUUCUACAUCCGAGAUUAUCAACGGUGCGGCAUGCCACACGAUGCACCAUCUCUACUUCAACUACAAUUAUGGUCAAUAUAUCACCAUUUGGGAUCGUCUUGGAGGAACAUAUCGUAAGCCUGAAGAAGACACCUUCAUGCGGAAUUUAAAGAAUACGGGGAAGACCAUAGGGAAGGAGGAUUGA